ACCCCUGCCCCGCAGCCCGGAGACCCCGCCCUAGGAUCGGUCCCUGCCAGGAUUCAGGAGCCCGGCCACGCCCCCCGGGACCCUGACCCAGCCCAGCCCUGGACCCCGAGCACUCCUCCGGCCGCCGCCAGUGAGAAAGAUGCCACCGUUGCUCCGCCGCCCUGGCCACCGCGUUCUUCUCCUCCUCUUCGCCCUGCUGCUGCCCUCGCCUUUCCUGGCCCGCGCCCCUGCGGCCCCGGGUCCCGCCGCCUCUCUGCUCCAGGCUCUCGGGCUGCGCGACGCGCCCCAGGGCGCACCAAAGCCCCGGUCCGUACCCCCCAUCAUGUGGCGCCUGUUUCGUCGCCGGGACCCCCAGGAGGCCAGGCUCAGCCCACGACGGACGCCCCCGGGGGCCACCCUACGACCGUGUCACGUGGAGGAGCUGGGGGUCGCCGGAAACAUCGUGCGCCACAUCCCGGACCGCGGCGCACGCGCCCGGACCACGGAGCCCUCGGCGGCAGGGCAGUGUCCCAAAUGGACCCUCAUCUUCGACCUGUCGGCUGUGGAACCCGCCGAGCUCCCGAGCCGAGCCCGUCUGGAGCUGCGCUUCGCAGCGGAGGAAGCGGCUGCGGCGGAGACAGCAGGCGGCUGGGAGCUGAGCGUGGCGCAGGCGGCCGAGGAGGUGGGCGCAGGCCCGGUGCUGCUCCGCCAGGCAGUGGUCUCCCUCGGGACGCCGGUGCGCGCUGAGCUGCUGGGCGCCACCUGGGCCCACAACGCCUCAGUACCACGCAGCCUCCGCCUGGCGCUGGCGCUGCGCCCCCGGCACACGGGCACCUGCGGGCGCUUGGCUGAGGCCUCACUGUUGUUGGUGACCCUUGACCCGCGCCUGUGCCACCCCUUCGCCCGGCCGCGGCGCGAGGCCGAGCCCUCGGUGGGUGGCGGCCACGGGGGCUCCUGUCGCGCCCGGCGGCUCUACGUCAGCUUCCGCGAGGUGGGCUGGCAUCGCUGGGUCAUUGCGCCGCGCGGUUUCCUGGCCAACUACUGCCAGGGCCAGUGCUCGCUGCCCGCCACGCUGCCCGGGCCCGGGGGGCCGCCCGCGCUCAACCACGCCGUGCUGCGCGCGCUCAUGCACUCGGCAGCCCCCGGUCCUGCCGGCCUGCCCUGCUGUGUUCCCGCGCGCCUGUCACCUAUCUCCGUGCUCUUCUUCGACAACAGCGACAACGUGGUCCUGCGGCACUACGAGGACAUGGUGGUGGACGAGUGCGGCUGCCGCUGACGGACUGCAGGAGCGGGGACACAAUAAACACCGGGCGGUUUGAGCUGCCGUCUUUGGGUCUUGUCACCUGGGCUGGGGGAGUACUGGCACAUCCAUCAGGUUGGUGGGGGGAGGGCGGUCUGGAGCCACCGGCCCUUAGAAGGCUGUAUACAGGCGGCUCUACAUAUUCUAAGGGGACGCUGGGAGUCGCCACCUCCCCGACCCCCAACACACACACUUUCCAGUCUGCUGACUCAGCCCUUCUUAGCUUUGCCCUUCAGACUGCAGGACCCCAGACCUAAGUGCUCUCCCACCCCUGUAGCUUAUCCAGCUCUGUGACACAUGCAAGAGUUGUUUUUAACAUUUUAUUGGUGACAAAAGAGCUUAAAACAAAUUGACCAAAAAUCAGAAGUGACAUUGCCUUGGUACAGAUGCUCCUUGAUUUGGAAAACUCAGAAUAAUUGCUGCUAGAAGGUGAAUAAAAGCCAACAGCACAGAGCGAGGUAGAGCACUCCAAAAAGGAACAGGGCAGUGGGGGGGGGGGGGGGGCGCGCAUACAGGGUCACAGCAGAAGCCUAUCCAAGUGCAAUGCCUCUAGGUGGCCUACCAAAAGCCCUACAGCAACGGGCUAAGAGGCCUUGCCAGAAGAAAGGUGCCUGUGUGUCCCUGUCUCUCCGUGUACCAGAUGGCAUCUGGAGGUUUUGGGUUAAGGGCCAGUGUCAGACGCAUAGGGAAGGGAUGCUGGGGUCACGGUCACUAGGACCUGGGUAGGCAGGAAACAGUCAACUUGGUGGUCACCACAGUGACAAACACCUGCCCCCACAGGGGACCUUUCACAACCACAAGAACUUCCCAAUGCAGAUCCAGGUGGAUUCGUCUGCACGGCUGAAGUGAUCCACUCCCCCAAGCACCUUCGGCACAGAACCAACUUAUUUCUGAAACUCCUUUUCCCAAAUAAAAUGAAAACCACCCCAACUCAUUGAAGCUAUGCUCACAGGUAGAAGGGCUCAAAAUUUGGGAGUGGGGUGGAGAGAAAGGGGGGGCAAGGCUCUCGGCUUGUCUGACGGCCACAGGGACUGUGGGCGCCUCCCUGGGGAAGCAGCCGCUGGCUGAGGAACGACCACCUCCCCCCCUCCAGCCUCAUGGCUAGUCUUGCUGGGCCCUUCAGGGGACUGAGUCCACUGCAUGUGAGAAGUGCUUUGCUUCUCGGAGUCCAGCGGAGCCCGUGGGCCCAGGUGACGUUCUCUCACUGCCCUGACGCACAGGGAGAAGCUGCUGGAAACUAAGCUGAAAACAAACAUCUUCCUCUCCAUGAUCGCGUCACAGGUGUUCAUCCUAACCUCGUCGUGUGUCUCGUUUAAACUUCGUUUCUGG